CCGAUGUGUGUCGUGUGUGUUCUGGUGUGUCCUUAGGUUAUCCAAAACUGAAGAUUGCUCGAAUUAUCGAAUAUUUUCGAAGAAUUAUUAUAAUGAAUAAAACAAAGAUGGAUAAAAAAGGCAAAAAAAGAAGAUGCUUAUAUAAUAUAAAUCUCAUAAAAGAAGCAUUAUCUGCAAUAAAUGCAGGAAUGAGCGUAAAUGCUGCUAGCAAGAAAUUUAGUAUUCCUCGUUCAACGUUGGAUGCAAAAAAGAAACAUUUGUAUGCAGAUAAGAAGCCUGGACCAUCAACAGUUCUUUCAAACAUAGAAGAAAAAAUAUUAGCAGAUUGGAUUUUUUAUUUAAGUCAUAGAGGCUUUCCAAUAACUAAAAAUCAACUGUUGGACAGUGUGCAAAUGCUUAUUAAAUCUCUGGAAAGGAAAAAUAACUUUGUUAAUGAUCGUCCUGGACGUAAUUGGUAUCGGGGAUUUUUACAACGACAUGAAAAACUUGCAGAAAGAAUGACUGAAAAUUUGACAUUUCGUCGAGCUGAAGUCACAGAAAAUGCUUUGAGAGGAUGGUUCAAUGAAAUAAUUACUUAUUUAAAUUCUAAAGAAUUGUCAAAUAUUGCACCGGAAAGAAUUUUUAAUUGCGACGAAGCAGCUUUUUUACUCAACCCUAAGGAAUCAUCUGUGCUGGCAGAGAAAGGACAAAAAAAUGUGUAUAAAAUAGUUGGGAAUAAUGAUAAAGAAAGUCUCACAGUCCUUUUCACAGGUAGUGCUGCUGGUGUGCUGGCUCCACCCUUAAUAUUGUUUUCUUAUAAGCGAAUUCCAUCGUACAUAGCAUCAAAGUUGCCACAUGGUUGGAGCUGCGGCAGAUCGGACAACGGAUGGAUGGUCGCAUCUAACUUUUAUGAAUAUAUUGCUAAUAUCUUCUAUCCAUGGCUUCUUCAAAACAAAAUACCUCUUCCAGUGAUACUUUACUUAGAUGGACAUUCGUCACAUAUGACGAAACACUUGAGUGACUUUUGUAGCAUGCAUAAAAUAGAAUUAAUUGCUCUCUAUCCUAAUUCAACACAUAUCCUUCAGCCGAUGGACGUGUCGGUAUUUAGACCUAUAAAAAUAGCUUGGAAAAAUGCCGUUAACAAAUAUCGUGUAGAAAAUAAUUAUCAAGCUUUGAGAAAAGAAGAUUUUAGUUUAUUAAUUAAAGAAGCUGUGGAUAAUAUUGAUACAUCUAAAUGUUUGCGGAAUGGAUUUCGAGUUUGUGGAUUAUACCCACUCAAUGUAGAUGCUAUUGAUUAUAGUAAAGUUAUACAAAAUCAGAGUCGAAGUACAUAGGAGAUAUCAUUUGAAGAAACUGAGGAUGAUAAAUUUAGAAUUGUUUUAAAUUUUAUGAGAGAAAAUUUAGAUAAAGAUAUCAUUAACGAAUUUGAAAGAAAUAGUAACGUUGAUAAAUGGAAAGGAAGAAUUGAAUAUACAAAAUUGUUUGAAUUUUGGAACACAUGUAAAAAAAGGCAAUUUACAACAAAAUCACAAAUUGAAAAUAUAAAUACAACAGAAAAUUUACUUAGUACAUCUCUUGAUGUACAGUAUGGCACUCAUGUUACUGAAAAAAUCACAAAUGUAAAUAAACAUUUAAGUUGCGUUUCUGAGACUUCUCAAAAAUUAAAUGAUAUCGAAGUUAUUUAUUUAGAGGAAGGAUCAAAUUCGUCACUUAAAAAUACGGAUAAUACAAUAGAAAACUUAUUUGACACACCUCUUCACGGACAGAGUGACAUUCAUAUUGAAGAAAUUUAUUCUGGAGACAUUACUGCAGAAAUGGAAAAUACAACUGAACUUUCAAAUAGUGUUUCUCAAGAAACAAAUAAUAUCAAAGAUAUUUCUGUAGUUGAAGGACCAA